UUAGUCGACACAGACAACACAGACCUCAAACAAUUCAAUAUGUUCAAAUUGGUGGUGUUGUCCGCUCUUCUGGCCGUCGUUGCCGCAGCUCCAGGUCUCUACACCUCUCCUCUGGCUUACAGCGCUGCUGUUGUUGGAAGUGUACCAACUUCCGUCAGCCAUCAAAGCAGUAGUGUUGUCCACAGCGCUGCUUUGACCGCUCCACUUGUGCACUCUGCUCCAGUUGUAUCUGCUUACUCUGCUCCAGUCGUCUCUGCUUACUCCACUCCAGUAGUUUCCGCUUACUCUGCACCUAUUGUAGCUGCCCAUGCUGCUCCAUUCGUAGCCGCCCCAGCUGUAGGUGUCCAUGGUUACCACGGUCUUCACGGAGCUGUUUCACAUUGUUUAGUCCACACAGACAACACAAACCAAUAUCAAUUCAAUAUGUUAAAAUUUGUUGUAUUGUCCGCUCUUCUGGCCGUCGUCGCCGCCGCUCCAGGUCUCUACACAGCACCUCUUGCUUACAACGCAGCUGUUGUUGGUAGUGUACCAACUUCCGUCAGCCAUCACAGCAGCAGCGUCGUUCAUAGCGCCGCUUUGACCGCUCCAGUUGUCCACACUGCUCCAGUUGUAUCGGCCUACUCUGCUCCAAUUGUCUCUGCUUACUCUGCUCCAGUAGUUUCCGCUUACUCUGCUCCAGUCGUUGCGGCUCAUACUCCAGUUGUAGCUGCCCCAGCAGUUGGAUUCCAUGGAGCAGCUGUCGUAGUAAUGGAUCAAUUUCAUAAUGUUGGUCAGGUUGCCGCCGCUCCAGGGUUUUACACCGCUCCAUUGGCCUACAAUGCUGCUGUUGUUGGAAGCGUACCAACUUCCAUCAGCCAUCAAAGCAGCAGCGUUGUCCACAGCGCCGCUUUGACCGCUCCAGUUGUAUCUGCUUACUCUGCUCCAGUUGUCUCUGCUUACUCCACUCCAGUUGUAUCCGCUUAUUCUGCCCCAGUAGUAGCUGCCCAUGCUGCUCCAAUCGUAGCCGCACCAGCUGUUGGUGUUCAUGGAAUUCACGGAACUAUGUUUAAAUUUGUGGUAUUGUCCGCUCUUUUGGCUGUUGUGGCUGCCGCUCCAGGCCUUUACACCGCUCCAUUGGCUUACAAUGCUGCUGUUGUUGGUAGUGUACCAACAUCCGUCAGCCAUCAAAGCAGCAGCGUCGUCCACAGCGCCGCUUUAACCGCCCCAGUUGUCCACACCGCUCCAGUUGUAUCUGCUUACUCUUCUCCAGUUGUCUCUGCUUACUCCGCUCCAGUAGUUUCUGCUUACUCUGCGCCUGUUGUAGCUGCCCACUCUGCCCCAAUCGUAGCCGCACCAGGUUUCGGUGUACAUGGAAUUCACGGAGCUGUCGGUGAGCCAGAUUUUGACUUCUUGAAUCGGAAUGGGCAAGGUUCUCUUACGCAGCGCGAGUAUAAAUUGGGUGUCUGCCACCGAAGAAGUCAACAGUCAACUCAUUCAGUCGACCAACACAGACCUAAACCAACUACAAAGAUGUUCAAAUUGGUGGUGUUGUCCGCUCUCCUGGCCGUCGUCGCCGCCGCUCCAGGUCUCUACACCGCUCCUCUGGCUUACAGCGCUGCUGUCGUUGGAAGCGUACCAACUUCCGUCAGCCAUCAAAGCAGCAGCGUCGUCCACAGCGCCGCAUUGACCGCUCCAGUCGUCCACACCGCUCCAGUUGUAUCGGCUUACAGCGCUCCAAUUGUCUCUGCUUACGCUGCUCCAGUCGUCUCUGCUUACUCUGCCCCAAUCGUAGCCGCCCAUGGAGCCGCUGUUGUAGCUGCCCCAGCUUUGACCUACGGAGUUCACGGAGUCCAUGGCAUCCAUGGAAGCAUCGUCUACUAAAUUAGUUUGACUUUUCAACAAA